AAGCUUGGUAUUGUUGCUGUGAGUAAUGCUUUGCCACAAGACAUUACAUGUUUGGCAGCUGACCGCAUGUUGGUAUUUGCUUCAUACAACAAUAUUCUCCAUGCUUUUGCCAGGAACAAAGAGGUGGUUCAUACCUAUAAAGGUCACAAGGCAAGGAUACACCUUCUGCAGCCUUUUGGUGAUCAUGUCAUCUCCAUGGAUGUUGAUAAUGUUCUUAUUGUUUGGAAUAUACAGUCAGAAGAGGAGUAUCUUCAAGUGGAUUUUGAUAAGGCCACUUUUGCAGUUUCUGCAGUUCUGCAUCCCAGCACCUAUUUGAAUAAAAUUCUCCUUGGGAGUGAACAAGGGAGCUUGCAGCUAUGGAAUAUAAGAUCCAACAAACUCUUAUACUCGUUUCCAGGAUGGAACUUAGCAGUCACAACUCUUGAACAAGCUCCAGCAGUGGAUGUUGUUGCAAUUGGUCUUGUAUCUGGUCAUAUCAUUCUACAUAACAUUAAGUUUGAUGAAACUCUGAUGAAAUUUCAACAAGACUGGGGUCCCAUCACAGCGAUAUCUUUUCGUACAGAUGGACACCCAGUAAUGGCAGCCGGUAGCCCAAUUGGACACAUUGCUUUGUGGGAUCUAGAAGAGAAGAAACUAAUGUGUCAGAUGCAAGAUGCCCAUUCCACAGCAAUAGCUGGUAUGUCGUUUGUCCCUGGAGAGCCACUUCUUAUUACUAAUGGUGCUGAUAAUGCUCUACGGGUGUGGAUUUUUGAUGGACCUGGUGGUACAGGACGUGUAUUGAGAAGCCGAAUGGGACAUAGUGCACCACCAACAAAAAUCAGAUAUCAUGGGCAAAAUGGAGAGCAAAUUCUUAGUGCAGGUCAAGAUGGAACAUUGCAGUCUUUUUCAACAGUGCAUGAAAAGUUCAAUAAAAGUUUAGGACGUGGUUCAAUUAACAAAAAGAAAUCAAAAAAGAAAGGUCUUAAGCUUGAUACGAUGGCACUUCCACCAAUUACAGUCUUUGCUUCAG